GUGUCGCCAGAGAUCAGAUUUUUGCCAGUUGAAUGUCCAGCAGUGCGUUAACCUGUUGCCAAAUGUGCUGUCCGAAGGUCAUUAAACACUACCCGUACAACCCAAAAAAUCUGUUCCCAUGGACAUAUCGGUAGUAAAUGCUCUUCCUUAUGAAGAUUUUGUAAGUAUUUUCGGUAAUGUCGUGGAGAAAUGUCCUCUUAUAACAGCCGCUGUGUGGACCCGUCGUCCCUUUACGAGCUUAAAUGCUUUAGAAGCUGCGAUUAAUGAAUUCAUCGAUGCUCUCCCAGAGUCGGGUAAGGAGGGGAUCCUCAGGUGUCACCCGGACCUCGCGGGCAAGCAUCUCCACAGCGGUGCAUUGACCCGGGAGUCCCAGGAAGAGCAGACCCGAGUCGGGAUGGACGCGCUGAGCUCGGCGGAGGCCUCGCAGAUGGCGCGGCUGAACGCCGAGUACAAGGGGCGCUUCGGCUUCCCGUUUGUCAUCUGCGCGCGGAUGAAUGACAAGGUGACCAUCUUGCGCGAGCUCUCCGAGCGCUGCCGGAACGAGCGCGCGGCGGAAAGGGCGCGCGGCAUUGCGGAGGUGAAGAAGAUCUGCCGCCUGCGUCUCCAAGGUCUCACGCUCUCUGACGCAACAAACAAGUUAUAAAGCCUAUAGUUCUCUGUUCCAGUUUGACCACAUUUAACAGGGAGCUGCAAUACUUCAGUACUUGUAUAUGUUUUUAUUUCAAAGUUAGCAUAUACACUUUUAAACAGUGUAAUUAAUAAAGCAUGUGAUUUAAACAUAUAUACACAGGUGGAUGCUGAUAUCUGGAAUGUACACAAUAGUAAAACCUGUUGCCUACUGAAAUGUAACUUUGAAUUGACUUGUCGACAGACAGACAGACAGACAGACAGACAGACAGACAGAUAGAUAGAUAGAUAGAUAGAUAGAUAGAUAGACUGCUCCCUGAUGAAUGGCGCCCUCGGCAGUGAGCCACAUUUCCCAUGUAAAAAAAA